GCCAGCUUCUCCUUCCACUCCUUUCUACCAACCUCAAUCGCUCACCUCAACCUCCAACUCUUCAAGAUGAAGACCUCCGCUCUUUUGUCUCUCCUCGCCGCUGCUGGCAUGGUUGCCGCCGCUCCUCUGAAUAACAUCCCCGCGAUACCUGGCGCCCUUACCAAUGCUGCCCCUGCCACCGGCGUCGAGACCCCGGACACCCACAGCAGCGUUCCUGAUACCCACAGCGUUUCCGACGGGGCACAGAUUGUCAACCCCCCUGCGGCCAAGGUCCCUGAGGCUAAGGCCCCCGAAGUUGCUCAUGUCCCAAGCCGUCGUGGCGCGCCGGUCAACAUCGGCGGCGUGUCCGGCGAUAACGACAUCGACGGCGAUAACAACAUGAUCGCCUACCCUCCCAGUCAUAAGCCUGCACCGGCCCCAGCUCCCAUCCCUGAGCCCGCCCCUGCUCCUGCUCCUGCUCCUGCUCCUGCUCCUGCUCCUGCUCCUGCUCCGGCCCCCGCUCCGGCCCCCGCUCCGGCCCCGGCUCCGGCCCCGGCUCCCGCUUCGCACCCGGCUCCCGCGCCCGCCAGCGAGCUAGACCUCCACCACGACGCCGCCCAGGAGAAGGACCACAGCGCCAACUUCAACACCUGGGAGAACCACAACUCCGGCGUCAACGAGCACGAGCACCACGUCGACGACUACGAUUACUCCUCCUACGACAACACCAGCAAGGGGGCCUCCGGUUCGAUGCAGGACCACCAGGCCGGUCAGGUCAACAAUAACCUUCACAUGGAGAACCACUAAGCUCUCUCCCCGCUUUCGGAAAGUGACCCGUUUAGUGGGAUUUGAGUUCGGUGGUCAAUUAUCUUGUUCUUGGUAUACUUAGUGUAUCUAGUGUUUAAUAACCUUCCUUCGUUUGGAUUUGGGGCGAACGUAAGGGGGUGGAGGUUGUUGGAGAUACUUUUUCCCUUUAUACUUUUGAAAUACCAUUUUCUUUUCUUCAUUA